AUGGCCGAAGAGGGAAAUAAAGAGACAAGCGCCAAGGCCAGCCUGGUUUAUCCACUCGUCAAGGUAAGUCCGAUUUUAAAGCCUUACUGUAUGUAAGUGUAAGUAAAUGUGCUCUCACAGUCUAAGCGCAUGUACUGUAGCCUUACUCGUAUUUCGUAUAGUUAACGUACAUUCCAUACUUUGCAACCCCAACCCCCUUCGAAAUAGUACUGGCAUGAUCGCCUGACUGCGAUGGCUACCUGUAAGUCUUUUACCGUCGUCAGCGAGUCCAACUACAAACCCCAGCCCGCGAGGGAUAUGACCUUUGAAUCAAGUUCCAUGGCAACGGUAUAGAGAAGGACCCCACCUAACUGUCAGUAGACAGUGGAUCGUGUCAUACGGGGUUUUAUCUUGGCAUACAUUUCCAGUCUGUUGCAGAAAUUACACUACCAACAGCGAUUACUUCCCACGACCUCACACCUUAACCCAAAAUCCGUUAUUUUGUGACAGUUGUUGCUUUUUGGUUUAAUUACUACUCAUUUCCGUUGCCGUACAAUAGCGUAGGAUAAGACUUUAGGUGUAAAUCCAGGCAGUUUAUGUGCUUUCUUUCAUUUUGUCAGCUUGCUCUCUAGCAUGCUGUCCCACCCAUAAAAUUCCCUUUGUCAUAAAUCACGUAUGGCACGAUCCACAGUCUGCGACAGUUAAGUGGGGUCCUUCUCUAUACCACUGCCGCACCGUCGAAGUUUCAGGCUCAUCGAACUUUUUAUGAUGAGGAAUGGGUUAAAAUGCUGUGAAGACGGAUUCUCCAAAGUCGGUCUCGUUCACCCUUCCCUCUUCCGAGUGCCGGUUGAUUGCCCAAACCCGUCAACCAACCUAUGCUGAGAUCUCACACGUGUUAGAGCAACAGGGUCUCCACAUGGAGAGGGGGUCGAAGUCCCUGUCCCCUACUUAAGUGGCAAGUGCGUGUGGGGGUGGGGUGAGGCGUAUGUAGGGCGUUGCGGCCGACAGAGUUGGAGAGCUGGUCUGCACGUACCACACACACGACCUGUCUUCCCAUCCGCACACAUCCGGUGUUCACACAUAAGGGGAUGAAACGUUCGGAUCUCACAGGUGGCAGAGGAUCCACUUGGAAGAAGGAGUCGAAAAGCGCACUCCGCACUUUUGUGUGAGGGGCUAAUGCUGUGAGGUGUUAGAAGUAGUUACGCUUAGUGCAUGAUAAGGAUGUGCGUGAUGAUGUGGUCAUGUCUACGGUGACUUGUCGCAGGUUUUCAUGGAUGUGCGUAUAAUCGAAUAGGCCCAUUCGACGGUUGAAUGUGCGAGGGCAAUGCGGAGGUUUGGAAUGAGGACGACGGAUAUAUACUGGUGCCCCAGACACUGGUUCGCCGAUGUUAUUGCAAUGGAUUCGCAAGCGAUUGACCGGACCAGUGCAUUAUGUGCAUCUGCGGUGUCGAUGUGGGCUGAAUAAGUUGAGAGUUGGUGAUGCUACUAGUGUUCGUCGCGCUGAUGGAAGGGGAGUUGAAAUAGUGUUGGACAUGGGAAGUUGUCGGGUGUGCAAGAUGUGCUUGGUGUGUCGAUAGUAAGGUGAAUUUUGCUGUUGUGAAUGCGCUUUUGACCGGCGACUAUAUACGCGUGAGCAGUGUAGGCAAAUGAGGUUUGUGCGAUGAAUAUAUUUCGGGUUCGGAGCAUCUUUGCGUCCGGUCUCGGUACGACGGACUCGCAAGUGACCGAAUAGACCGAUGUGUUAUACGGACCUGCCACUGCUAAUAGAACAGGAUGGGAUCGAGUCCUCAUUGGUGGCUAUGGGGGUGAUGGAGGCCGUCGUAAACGUCCUGGAGGUUUGUGCUGGGAUGAUGGCGGUGACGUUCGUCGAGGCAGCAGGUGGAGUUGCCUGAAUGCCGUUACACUGGGUCCGGAGAUGUCUGACGAGACCCAUCCACGGGAAGUGUUCUUCAGCAGCGUGGACAUGUUGGAAGGGGUUGGGUAUUGGAAUUGUGAACCAGAAUCGCUUAAGACAUGAGCCAAAUUGUUGGCUUUGAGGAUGGCGAUCCGGCCAGUUUCGUAGGCUAUUGCUUAAGUCUUCACUGCUGUUGUCUAGACAAAUGCUGGAUGAGGUCUCUGGAUUAAUGUGCAAUCGCGUGAGUGGCUUCGUUGUUCUCUAUCUUGUCGGCAAGCAAACGUAACGACAUGAUCGCAGGGGAGUCACUUUGAUAGCCGCUGGCAAUACAGGCUCGCUAGGUGACCCCUCCAACGCAGUUGAAUCUACCUCAGCACGACAUGGAUGCCAAGGAUUCCGUUUCUUUUAAGGACUUCUCUGUCUGGAAUCCUCUCGUGCUAAUUUAAAUUUGUCAUUCUCUUAGGGAUAGCUAAAGUGGAAGUGGUCGAGUUUCCGUGCUUGUUUUUCGUGAACUGUACGGGUCUUUGCUUCAUACAACAGUGACAGCUGUUAAAAUCGAGUCCACAGCUAUUCUACACGGAGGCAGGCAGUCGGUUGAAGACAUGGAUGAAUUUUGAGAUUUGGUACGCAACUUCAUAGUCGAUUUUGACGCCCCUUGAUAGUUUACUGCCUGCGUGGCCGAAUGUGUGUCUACUUGCCUUGUUUAAUUUCCGAGGAAAUUAAUGCGCGAACUUGGAGUAACUCUUUCGAAACAGGCCUUUUCAGGCACGGUCCGAAAUUUGAUAUGAAUAUUUGAGCUGAAAUUCAUCAGCUACUGCGGAAUAACCGCUUAAUAUUCACAAACCGCCAACAGGCAGCCAGUAGUAUAGCACUGUGCAAUAAUUUACCGUACUAACAACACAGGUAUUAGCUAAAAGCCCAGACACGCGUGUUUCGCCGAUCUUGUGCCGCGCAUUAAUUUCCUCGGAAAUUAAACAAGGCAAGUUGAAACUGGAGUUCAUAUACCAGAAAACACACGGGGAAUGCUGGGGGACCCACUGACGAGACGAACCCCUCGCAGUUGCGUCAGGCAGCGGCACAAGAUCGGCGAAACACGCGUGUCUGGGCUUUUAGCUAAUACCUGUGUUGUUAGUACGGUAAAUUAUUGCACAAUGCUAUACUACUGGCUGCCUGUUGGCGGUUUGUGAAUAUUAAGCGGUUAUUCCGCAGUAGCUGAUGGAUUUCAGCUCAAAUAUUCAUAUCAAAUUUCGGACCGUGCCUGAAAAGGCCUGUUUCGAAAGAGUUACUCCAAGUUCGCGCAUUAAUUUCCUCGGAAAUUAAACAAGGCAAGUUGAAACUGGAGUUCAUAUACCAGAAAACACACGGGGAAUGCUGGGGGACCCACUGACGAGCCGAACCCCUCGCAGCUGCGUCAGGCAGCGGCACAAGAUCGGCAAAACACGCGUGUCUGGGCUUUUAGCUAAUACCUGUGUUGUUAGUACGGUAAAUUAUUGCACAAUGUGUGUCUACUGCUUUGAGUUGGAGAGGGAAGCGAGGGUCCUUGCAUUUAGUGUUUGGCGACGCCCCACGCACGGCCGCCGUUUUACCUGCCAUUAUCCCGAAGUUUGCGUAUCCGGAGGCAAAGUGAUUCCUGUUUCGUUGCAUAUCCGCAUCUCCCGCGGUGUUGAGCGUACAGUUGUUCUCGAAAAGCAGACCGCAGACAGCAGUAUUGGAGAGACACUUUUCGGCUCUACAUGCGUCUGCAUCAGUCGUUCCUGUAGAUGGUGCCGAUCUUCGGGCGCUCAUCAAGGUAGCCCUUCAUUAGCAUGGCAGAGAACAUGUGGCUUAAGAGUGUGGGAACAAAUACGCAGCCACUCCACUGGUUGCUGUGAAUGCCUCGGAAAUCGUCCCAUUGUGAAACGGACGGAUUUUGUGCAUGAAUCCUUUAGGACAGCUGAACUUUGUGGUUGAUCUUUCAGAGUCCAUCAAGAUUCACCGUGAUGAGGCCAAAAGACCCGCUGCCACGGCAUGAAACGUCUGGAGUUGUUUACCGGAUCUGGUGUCGUUGAGGACAAAGCAACUAUGUUGGAAAAACUGGGAGAUUACUCCGUACGCGAAUUGCCGAGCACGCAGCAGCAGUGAGACGGGGAGACGCUAACUAUCAGGUGGCGGCACACUCGACGUUACCCGGCCAUAUUUUCAAAUUUCAAGAGGCCGAAAUCUUCGCAAGGGGUGGCAACCGCGUGAGCCGCGAGCUGCUCGAGUCAUGGUUCUCAGGCCCGCUAUCCAUCAACAAGCACAAUGACCUCCCGGUACCAUAUUCCGUGCUGCGAUUUUCCCUGGGUAGGAGAAUCAGCCACGUGGGGAGGGCGCGGUGAGCAAUUAUCACAGUGACAGUGAGCCAGUAUGCCUGGCAAUCGUCACAUCAGCAUCCAGCACGGACGACGAAAUUACGGCAACUAACGACUCGGACUCGGUCCGACAAGCCACCACCACAUCAAUUACGAUCCCAGCGGUGAUUGCGAGAACUGGUAAUUGCAGUGCGCAUACGGUCCCACAGCAGCCACGUGCUAUAAAUACUGCACUUCUGGUGCCACCAUCACCUUUAUCUGCGAAUGUCUCUGAUGAUGGAUUCGAGUGAGAAUCCGAAACGUUAGGCAAUUAAUUUCUUGUUCCAGUGACCGCACCUUCAUCUUCUGAACGAUUCACCGUGUCAGCAGCUACUGUCAAGUCCGCGAGAUACCCUAGAGGUUGGUAUGCAAUUCCUGGCAUUUCUCUUCCGGACCAAGCAGAUCAUUUCGCUUGUUCCUCGGUGUCGUCAAAAGUCUCAUUGGCUUUCCGGGAUAAAUCUGUAUUUCAGAUGCCCAUUGAAACGAUUUAGGUGGAUGCGAGCGAACACCAUUCGGCAAAUGGGGAACAGCGAAAUCCCUCUGGAAUCUGUCGGCUCUCUUUCCGCUUAUAGAAAAGGGCGAUGGCCGCAUACUGAAAGUCUCGAAGAGCUCGUACUCGACCCCAAAUCUCUUGGAAUGCCGCUGAAAUUUUGCUUAUCAGCUGGGACCGUCAUGCUUGUGGACAUCCGUCUCGAUGGCGUCGGGUCCCAGUGUUUUCACUUGGAUAGUUGUUGUGCAGCCUUGACUGUUUCCGAGAGUGAGGGUGGGUGUCCAUCUGGGGGAGCCGGUCGGUGGAGGGGUCCAGGGUUUCGGAUGGGUGGUUGAAGACGGUCUUAAGUGCUCAGCCCAGUGUUUCAGAAUCUGCGAUUCCUCCGUGAGGAGUUCCGUCCUGUCGAAACUGAGUAGUGGCGCGAUUCCCUUGGUGCAGAGAUCUCGUCACGUGCGAAUCGGUGGGACAGCUGUUACAGUGUUGGAUACAUCUCUCGUGUGGAACAAAUACCAACAGCGAACCUCGCUUGGUUUCAACGCAAGACCGAGUCUAGAUUACCGGAGCUGUGCGAGAACGCGAAGUCUAGCAAAGCCAACCUUCCCGUCCACGCGGGCACAUGCAUUUUAUUUCAAACUUCACGAGCACUAAUAUUAAAAUAAAGUGCUUUGAAAGCUUCGUUGAUGGAAUUCGCUAUAAAUGCCGCAAUUGGUGGCGUUUUGUGAGUUUGGGCUCAAUGGCUGACAAAGUUACACAGGCCGUCUACGCGUCCCACACUUCAUAGGCGACGGGUUACUGUAAGAACGGCUUAGAGCUCAUAUAAUUUCGAAUACCGCAGGAGUGACGUUUGAAAGAGCCAUUACAGUCCUAUUGCCGACUCAAGGAAAGGCAGACUUAUUGCGUCGUUUGGAACUUUUACUAGCCCCGACUAUUAGCGAAUCCUAGCAAGUUAAGAACGCGUUCAUACGAUAUCAGAGACUCCCUGCAUGAGGACUGGUACAUGGAAAGUUGGCAGUCAGGUCGUAUGUGGCCUGCGCAGAUGAGUGAUAUAGUUUCUUCGGCCACUGUGUCUAUGUCCGCCUCCGGUUGUUUUAAUUUUGUCCAUUCAAUAACAGUAGGGUACAGGACUCCACGCGGCUGACAACUUCAGCAUCUGCAAUAAAAUCCAGUGUGAGUCAAUAAGUAUAAACUUAUUGGCGGCGGUUCAUUUAAAGUCUGUUAUUUUUUCGAAAGUUGCUCUCGCGCCUAAUUUCUUUGCCAAAUACCUGCGUACGAUAAGACUUCCGGCUGAAAUAAAUUUAUUUUAUGUGUGUUAAUUCACCUCACUUGAUUUCCGUCCUGUUUAGAGCUCCACGCGCGAAAACCCGUUCCCACUAUUCAGAAGCUAGUUAAAUUCUGCCGGGGUCUUACACCCUACCGUUGCCAUCUUUCCGUUUAAAGACGACCGGAAUAUGAAAAGUGAGUAAGAUGCCAUGCAAGUCAGUAUCAGCGUGGACAACCGCACGCUGAAGUUACAGCUGUGCGCACCUUCAGUGAAACUGAUGAUUUUUCCUAUAUUAAAAUGUGAACUGUCAGAAUGAAGAAUAUAUCUUAAACAAGUAUAGAAAGUGGACGACCACUGUACCCACAGUUUCGGACUUUAAAAUACUUCUUUGUCAAUAAUCAGAGGAAGAGGGUUUGUUCAAAAGUUGCGUGAACGUAGACACGAGAACAUAGCUAGGCGUCCCUUCUUCUAAAACUCCUUUAAUGCUUUUUCGCAACAUGCAAAAAUGUAGCCACCGUACAGCUCACUUAAUGUCAAGCUAAACCCUCGGUCUACAUGUACGAAAUGAAUUCCAUAGUAAUUUCGCUCCACUAAAAGAUAUUAAUGAGCCUCUGAUCGGAUACUUGAAACUUUCACAAAUUUCGUGCUAUCUGAUAUCUCCCCCCCCCUCCUCCUUCCAGCCGACAGGUUAAGGGAGGUAUGAUAUAUUGGGGUCGGGGUUAACGUGAGGGUGAGGCACCCCUCACUUUUGCAACACAAAACACUAAGACAUGAAAAUUCACAGCCUGAUCACAAAAAAAACAUGUAAAAACUAGACGAGAGUAAAUAAGCGGGAAAAUAUUAGGGGUAGAAUACCUAGCAUAGGCUUUCGAAAUGAUAUAAGCCAUCUUAUUUAGCCUCUUCAAGAAGAUUUGGAACGCCCCGGAGCUCAAAUGAACGCGUCGAAAACCAUUUAAAUGGUCAGGUUUCUGCUCUUCAGUUGUAUUUGCCUUACCCACUUCCAACAUUUUAUGAAUGAAAUUUACUUGUCCUCCUCUGCCCGCUGUGUUACGUUUUGAAAUGUCCCUUUUUCAGUACAGCGAACUCAGUGACGAACUCCAGAGUGAAAUCAGUGAAUUAUGUGUUACUGCGUGUGAGAAGUACGCAAAUGACAACUCCGUAAGUCCCUGCACUUAUGAUUUUACGUAUGUUAUCAAUAUAUUUUUAAAAAUGACAUAUAAACGUAAUUGAAAGAAGAGGGAUAUCAGUGGGUGGACUAAGUGUGCGUCUAAUGAGGAAAGAGCUUUAUUUACCAUGGAAGCCAGUCCAGGAUCCGAACACGCUGUUCCCCCAGAAGAUCCCACCGAAAUUUUGGGAUUCUAUGUCGCUGCAACAAAGGUUUGGCCGUCAGUAAAGAAUCUAAUUGAUUUGUGCAUUUCAGCAUCAUUUUCGGUAGUUAGACACGCACACGCUUGUUAAAGGCAUCAUUCGGUCCACCUUCUACUUUCAAUGUAACUCACGGGCCGCAGAAGGAGCUUAGAAACAGUUAGAAGGCGUACGAACGGCCAACAUCAGAUAUGCUGCUUAUAUAACGAGAUUCUGCAGAAUCCAAUAUCAUUAAUUGCUAGGAAUCAUUAACUACCUCCAUCAUUUUACAUAGUUUCGAGCCUUCUUGCAGGACUGCCAAAAUCUUUAUCGUGCGUAAUACCGCCCAAUCUCUCAAACUAUUCUUUCACCUUGAAGCAGCCAGAGUAAACACCUGUCUAUUUAGCGCAAACUAAAGAAAGUAUAUGGGUUUUCAAAUAGAGUUCACAAGUUCCAUUGUUCUGGGAUUAAACCAUAAGGAAGACUGACUUUUUGGUCGUAAGUUGUCCAGAUGCAAUAUAGCAGCACACUUGAUUAAGGCGAAGCAUUUUUCCACUGCCGGCUGCUAGGACUGUCCCGUUUAAAACAUCCCCGCACCUCAAAGUUUACCUGCAGUUACGGUUUUAUGCUUGCGAGAAGGUUACCAAGUGCCAUUAAUGGGUGCGUAGUAGUAUUUUUGGCGACUUUCGUCGCGUGGUGUGGUGUCGGUGUUGACGUCCAUAGAAUUAUUCCACUUAUCUUGAUGAAGAUAAUCAGAAUGGACGAUAGUGAAGAAAUGGCCGCCGAUCCGUUUCGGGGACCUGCUCGUUCUUUCGUGCCUUGGGACUCAAUCUAAAGCCCUCGCAGGUAGUCACAUAACAUAACAUAUGCGGAUAAGAGGCUGCUGAAAAAGACAGGAGGCCGAUUGGGAUAACUAUUUCUGAAUUAUCAACCGUCAUCAGCCAAAAAUACCCGGCCCCAGGUUUGCACCACCUGAGCCUUGAAUCGACAUACCUUGGUCACUGAGUGUUAUUAAGUCUAAUGCUCUACCAGUUGAUUUGCAAGUAGCAUUCUAAGCAGUAUAUGCUUGAGUGGCAGUCGCUUUUCCGCACCAUUAUCAGGUAUCUAGCCGGAAGCUUAGGAGCGUGGUUCGCCGAAGUUGUUGCUACUACACGACGCGCCUGCGGAAGCUACGACAUCCCAGCUCGUCCCCAACGUUCCCUGUGCAGAUGGGCCCGGCCGUGAGGCAAAAAAUUUUGUAAAGUGUUUGGGGAAAUACCUGCGUGUAAAUGCCCGGGACCUCUUUGCGUCAUCCUCGACAUUGCAUUGAACAUUGUCUCAAAACCUAUCAACUUUAGCCGCACAUGCGCACACCGCAUUCCAUACUGAUGAUAAGUGGCAUUUAAGUAGUGUGUGCGUGCACGACCGUCGCAUCGUCAUCGUAGCAUCAAAUGUUUGGCCUAAAGCCCAGACACGUGUUUCGGCUUCUCUGCGCAGGGCAUGUUGCGGAAGAGUUUGACACAUCGAGCUUCUCCGUGUGCUUCCUGGCACAAUUUGCAAUUUUCUGUGUAUAACUAUCAGAAUUUAAUGGGAGAAAUUGAAGUAAAUCCCCCGAAACAUGCUUUGGCAAGACAGAAGGAUAGGAGCCUCCUCGCAGGUGACCUGGUACACAAACCCUAACCGUAAUCCAAGUACCAACUAUAAAUCUAACCUUCUACUGUUUAGAGUUGAAUGGAAGGUCGCACAAAUUAUGCAUGCUCCCCGCAUGCAUUUCUUCAUAGUGCCAUAUUUUGGCAACUACUAAAACAGGGUCAAAUUUCUUUUUCUGCUAAAACUGUCAUUAUUAACAGUAGGUGGGCUAAGUCAUGAAAUAUCAAGCGAAAUUCCGAAAUUCGUUUUCAUGCAGCAUAAUUCUAUAAUGAUUCAGUUACUGUAGAUUGUCGGCUUCCGAAUGAACUUCCUUCCGACUUCAUGCAGGAACUAUAAUGUACAAAAAUGACUUCUAAGACAGCAUGCAAAUUUAUCAUCGAUUAUAAAUGCCCUUGGAAAUUUAAUUCUAUUUCAUGGAAAAAAUGCAUAAAAAUAUUCAUCCUUUUACUUACUCGGUAGAAAAUUACGUCUUCUUCCAACUUUACACUCGAAAGAAGAUUUUAAUUUGGUUUUAAAUACUUUUCCAAUUUCCAAAUAAUUUUGAACCCGACCUGCCGUUAUGCUUCAUUCGCGGUUUUAAAACUACAAGACGAAUAAUUUGCGCGUAUGGAAAACCAUGCGUUUCUCUACGGUAAUAAAAGAAGACCGUAUGGGGUUUAUAAAAUUAAGCACUGGAUUCGAGCAAUAUUGUUAACUUUUAAAGCCACAUUGGUAAAUACAGAUGCAUGACGUUUUAUGAACGGCCAUUUAAUGGUUUUAAAAAAUAUUACAAUUGGAAACUUUUCUGAAACAGAAUUAUACUCCUCCUUCGAGUAUAAAAUUGAUGUAAGACGUUAUAUUCCUCCGAAUCAAAGAAUAAGUCAAUAUUUUUAUGCAUUUUUUCGUGAAAUAUAAUUGAACUCUUAAGGGCAUCUAAAAUCAAUGAGAAAAUUGCAUGCUACUUGAGUAGACCUUUUCGCAGAAUUUAUUUCUUGCCUGCAGUCCGAAAUAAGUUCAUUCGAAAGUCGCCACCCUGUGGUAACUGGAUUGUUGUAGAAUUAUGCUGAAUGGUGAUUAGAUUUUCAAUCACACUUAAUUCCUCUUUUUAAAACGAGAACGCUUUUAGAAAUUCCGUUUGAGAUUUCAUGAGUAAGCCCAACUACUUUAGGUUCCGAAUUCCGUGUUUGCAAUGGCAGGGUGUAGGACCCCCGCCCCCCCUCCCCCGUAGAUGGAUCCUAAUCCCGAGUCCUACCCGAAACUUUUCCGGUCUCGAGCCGAAAUUCGGACUAUUAUUCAUCACUUCCAGGGAAGCAAUUGUGUACUAUUCGCAUUGUGCCAAUAGGCAGUCAUUAGUACAGUGCGUAACCUAUCUCAUGAAGUGUUGGCUGAAAUUCUAAAAUGCGUUUUCGAUUAGGAAGGAUUACUUGGUCGCGGUCGUAAUACUGAUUACCUUGUGGCCUACUCUUAUAAAAUUUCGCACUUGGCAGGAUGUCGGCUUUUAAAUGCAAUUCUUUUCGAUCUCCUGUAGAAAGCGUGCUCGGUAAAAUAAUGACUACUUAAGUAGCAUGCAUUUUUCCCAUAGAUUUUCGAUGGUUUUGCAAAUUUGAAUAUAUUUUAUAGAAACCAUAAACAAAAAUAUGCUUUCUUUUAGUCAAUCAAUAGCGAAUCACAUCUUCUUUAUAUUUUAUACUUAAGGACGGAGUAUAAUUAGGUUUUAAAAAAGUUUCUAAUUGUGAGACUUUUUAAGACCGCGAUAUGUCCAUUCACAUAGCGUCGUACCUGGCCGUUUACCACUGCUCCUCAUGAAAUGCACAAUAUGGUCCGCAUCCAUUGCAAACUUUUAUGGACCUUGUAUGAUAUUUCUUUAAUGACAUAGAAAAAUAUGGGAUUUUCUUUACGCGGAACGCAUGCACCUUGUAGAGUGUAAUCACUAAGCGCUAAUGCAGCGAAUGAUCAGGCUCCAAAUUUUUCGGCAAUUGGAAAACUUUUUUAAAACCUAAUUAUACUCCUUCCUUAAGUAUAAAAUAUAAAGAAAACGUGAUUCUCUAUUGAUUGACUAAAAGAAAGCAUAUUUUUGUUCGUGGUUUCUAUAAAAUAUGAUUGAAUUUGCAAGACCAUCGAAAUUCAAUGGGAAAAUGCAUGCUACUUAAGUAGUCAUUUUUUUGCCAAGCACGCCUUCUACAGGAAAUUGAAAAGAAGUGCAUUUAAAAGCCGACAUUCUGCCAAGUCCAAAAUGUUAUAAGAGUAUGCCUUAAGAUAAUCAGUAUCACAACCGCGACAAAGUAAUCCUUCCUAAUCGAAAACGCAUUUCAGAAUUUCAGCCAACAUUUCAUAAGAUAGGUCACGCACUGUAGAUGAAUAUAUACGUAUUUUUCAUGUCCACGGCACCGGUACCGGCUUAAAGCCCGGACAAUUGUUUCGCCGAUUCUCCUUUACUGUAUGACAUAAAAUACAAUCAUCGCGUAUUUUAGAUCAAUAAUUCAUAUUACCUUCCGGAUCUAGACUGAGGAGACUUGUGCUGAGGGCAUCUAUCCAGAUUUACACUUUAAUUUCUGAAGAAGGUGAAAAGCCUAAUAUACCUCCGUUACUGACUGACUAUCGUGAACUGCAAAACGACACACCCUCGAGUUCGCCUGCAGUGAGGCCAAAUUAGUAUUGCCACCCCUAUACCAACAUAAAUACUUCCGGUCAUGACUGACAGGGUUCGAUAUGACAACCACUUGGUCGCGUGCUAAUCUCAAUUCCCUUCGGAAUUGUUGAAUCGAUGAUGUUGUGGAGGGUUCCUAACUGGUCCCUUUUAACGACAACAUAUAUCUCACCUGCAAACCGCAGCCGCAAUUUAGCGUGCUUUUAGAAGCCAGUGGGUCAGUGUGAGACUACCCCUGAAUGGAUAAAUACCCGAUCUUCAGCGACAGAGAAUGGCGGGUGGCGAGGCACUGAAGUUGAAAUGUACGGCGAGACCUUUUAUUUCAAUUGGCCAUGCACACGCUAGAUACUGGGCACACUUUUGCAUGAGAAGAUACUCGCAUCGUCGGCGCCUGCCCUACCAAAAACAGCUGAAAAAUCCUUGAAGCUAUGCACUCUGAUGAUUCGUUCAUUAAUCAGCAUAUUGACUCGGACACCAUGUUCAAAAAUCUCAAUUAAAAUGGCGGAUGUGGGAACCAAUCGGCACACAGUAGCUAUGUGGCGGACGCGUAAUUACAGAAACGCAGGAGAAUUAUUGAUUUUUGAGCUAGUUUGAAAUGCAGACACAUCCAGUUAUGGUAAUAUGGAAAAAAAAGAUAUACCCCAUUUUCACAUCAUUUUUCAAUUCAAAAUUGGCAAUUCGAAGACUAAAUCCGAACUUAGAGCUUGCCAACCACAUCGGAAAAGCUGGCCGCAAUUUUAGCUUCCAAGGCCCAACUGUUUUAGGCUGGGGCUCCUCAAAGACAGAACGUCUCACACCUAAGGCUCGGCACUCAAAUGUUAACUCCAUCAACAAACCUAUGGACCUUCCGGCGACCUAUAUAGUCCUACGUCACUACGCAUGCUAUGACCAGGACAAGACAGUCUCACGGGGCUUAAAAGUACCGAGCAAAUACGGCCCGUCAGCUAACUCACUCAAAAGGGGAGCACAGGUGCAACUGACACUUAUUAGGGUGAGGAGACACAACGCAGGAGGCUACCAACAUUCACAAACAACAACCAGAGGACUUACGAAGCGAAAAGAAAAGAAAUUUGAACAGCCCAAGGCGAACAAAUUCGGCCAUUUAUUUAACAUUCUGGUCGAUUUUAUCACUAAACGUUUUGAUACUGGAGAGCUGACCAAACCCUCCGAAGCGCAGUCAUACGAUUCCCCUGGUCUGGUGAACCCUUCACAUUUCUCAAACCAUUUCCACUUGACGGAGUGUGUACGAUGAUCCCUGCAGUGGAGAUAGUUUUAUUGGUCAGAGCCACAGAAAAUGUUGUUGCACAGUUACGGGGGCGAGAGUGAGAGUAGAGGGGAGUCGGGUCAUCGAGUAGGAACUAGUGGUUAUUGCUGUCGGAACAUGCUAAUUGAGUGUCUGCUGCCGACACGCGUGUGUUUCCUCUCCUCCUCCUCCUCAACCAACCCCCCCCUCCCCCAUCCUGCAGGAUGCUGCAAAAAUGGUCAAAGAAGGACUCGAGCAGAGAACCGGUCCCGGCUGGCACGUUAUCGUCGGUCCAGGCUUUGGCUUCGAGAUCUCCUACGAGUUGAAAAACAUCCUCUACAUGUACUUUGGCGGAAACACAGGUGUCUUACUGUGGAAGUGCUCCUAGGCCCUGCCAGUACCUCUCCACCGUUCCCGCCUCCAUGUCUGGCACUUGGGACCUUUACAUGCCUGUACGUCGGCAUGCACAUCUCUGUAUACAGCCUCCGGCUAAUCUGUGUACCACAAAUCGGUCGCAGUUGUUUAGUGUAUACAAUAAACGCAUUCCCGGCCACCGCUGACUCCUUUGGGCCUGGAAAAAUAAUCAAAUUAUUCACGAGGGCAAACAUAUUGGGUGAGUCCGAAUUCCGACAGGGGCUGGUCGGGAUCAUCUGCUAGCUACGGGCGUAUUUUUAUCCUCUUACGUGAGUAUCCACCAGUAAGACACACGGGAAACACUGUGGGACCCGUUGAUGAGCCGAUACCCUCGCAGCUCUGUCAUGCAACGGCGGAACAUCAGCGGAACGUAUGUGUCUGGACUUUUAGCUGGUACCUGCGUCGUCAAGUAUGUUAUGUCGUACUAUUAAGGACAAAAGACAGUCUGAUUAGUCUGGCGUUGCUUUGCAUUACCGGAAAGCUCGUUUGUCUUCAAGGCCUGACACGUGCCCAGACUCUGUAAGGCCUGCAUGUGGCUGCGAAAACAAUAAAUAAAAAUCUUUCGAAGCCCCCUCUAGAAACAAAGAUCGAGGCCUGAGUAUAGUAAGUGGGCUUACUCAUGAAAUGUCAAUCGAAAUGCGUUUCCGUUUCGAAAGGAUUCAUUAAGUAGGGUUGUAAAACUAAUCAUCGUGCAGCGUCAUUCUAAAAUAUUUCAGUAACCUCAGGAUGUCGGCUUUCCAACGAAACUCUACACUUUGUAAAACAUGACCACUUAAGCAACGUGCAUUUUUCUCUUGAAAUUCAAAUAUAUUUCAUAGAAAACGUGCAUAUAAAUAUUCAUUCUUUUGCUCAUUCGGUAGAAAAUAACGUCUUUAAUACCCUAGUCAUUCCCGGAUGCCGGCAUUCGAAAAAACUUCUUUCCGGCCGCAUCCAGAAAGAAUACUCCGUAGAAAAUGACUACUUAAGUAAAGGGCAUUUUUUCAUUGAUUUUCGAUGCUCUUAAAGAUUAAAUUAUAUUUCACGGAACACAUGCAUAAAAAUAUUAUUUAUUUUGCUCAUUCAGUAGGAAAUUACGUCUUCUUUCAAUUAUUUACUCAAAGGAACGGUUUAAUUUGGUUUUAUAAAACUUAGCAAUUCCCGAAUAAUUUUGAAGUCGACCUGCCGUUACACUUGCAUUCAGGGUUUCCAAACUACAAGCCGUAUAAUUUCCGCAUACGGAUAUCCAUACAUUUCUCUACCAUAUUAAGAGGAGAUUACAUGGCGUUCAUAAUAUGAAGCAGUGGAUUUGAGCCACACUGUUGCUCAAUGCAGAGACAUGACGUUUUAUGAAGGGUCAUUUCGCGGCAUAAAAAUCGCACAAUGAGAAACUUUUUUAAAAAUGAAUUAAACCCUUUUUCGAGUAUAAUAAUGAAAGGAAACGUAAUUUUCUUCUGAAUGAGCAAAAGAAUGGAUAUUUCAUGCGUGCUUUCCAUGAAAUAUAAUUGCAUUUUUAAGGGCAUCACAAAUCAAUGAAAAAGUGCAUGCUACGUAAGUAGUCGUUUUCUUCGUAGUAUAGUUUUUGAAUGCACCCGGUAAGAAGUUUGUUCGAAAGCCGACGUCCGGGGGUAACUGGAUUAUUAUAGAAUUACGCUGAAAGAUUUUUGGUUUAACAACCCAACUUUUCUAAUUUUUCCAAAACGGAAACGCAUUUCGAAUUUCUUAUGACAUUUCAUGAGUUAGCCCACCUACUGCACAGCCAACCCUCUAACCCCUAGGCUGCGAGGUUCUACCAAAAACCAUGAGAUUAAUCACAUCUGGGUCAAAUUGCCUGCCGAUUCGCAGCUUAACGGAUCAUCUGAAACCCUGAGGGAUAUUUUAGAAAUCUGAAAUACCCACAUGCUGCAGAAAAUGAACGCUUAUGCGACACUCCGGACUUCAGUCCCAUAGCAGACAGGUGGUCACUGACAGUCUACCCACGCACACAUGUCGAUCAUCAUAAAUGCGUCAGCACGGUCUUGUCAAACAACCGUUUGCCGUUCUACUCCAUAUGCUACUCCUAAAACAAUUUUAAAAACAAGAUUCUUUCGAGGUUGAAAUCGUUAUUUAAUCAAGCAAAAUGCAAAAAUCUCGUGGAUAAUGUGGGCACCGAAGCCCAUUGAAUAGUUAUUAAAAUUGUUUGACGUAUUUUGUCGAUUAAAAAGGUCACUUGAGUGGUGUUACGAAAGUAAAUAUAAUUGGAAAUAAACUGUAGUCUUUUUGCGCAGGGUAACACGUUGGUAUUAUGUCUAGACAUCCGUUCGGCCAGGUAUGGACAACAGUCAUUGUUCGAGUCUUGGAUAUUUGUUUCUUCUCAAAUAGGCAUAUUUUCAACGGGAGCAUGUCUUCUCCAGACUCCGCAACUGAAGGACAUAUUUUAUUUUAAACAAUGUCGCGAUUAGGAGACUCCUGAAGUUGCUCAGCCGAGUACAAGUUCAUCUAGUCAUCCUUAGGUUGAUGCAUAAUGUUCAAAAAAAUAUGGAACCUGAUCUUUAUUCCGUGUUCACCCGGAGAGUCCUUCUUAGAUGGACAUUUUUGACCAUGCGGAUACUAGAAGACUCUUUAUGCAGGCAUGUGAACACUACUCAGAGGACAUGCAGUCAUUGACUGGUCUAAUGAAAUGUUAACCGAAAUUCUGAAAAGAGUUUUUGACUAGGAAUGAUUACGUAAGCGAGUCUGCAAUGGUGACCAGCACUUUUCUUUGGCCGUCUAUGGUAACCCUCUACAAGGGUACUAUUUCUUCAACUCUUUCGGUAGCAAAUCAUGUCUUUAUCAAAUUUGAUACUCAUAGGAAGGGCAUCUUUUGGUUUUAAAAUUUUUUUCUCUUCUCCAGUCGUUACAAAUUAUUUUUAAAACUGAAUGAUACCCUUUCUUUGAGUAUGUUGCUUAAAAAAUACGAGAUUUUUAACGAAAUCAGUAUAGGAAUGUUUAUAUGCCGAUUUUUUGCAAAAUGUCUUUGAAUUUAUAGGGGCAUUGAAAAUCGGCAAAAAAUGUAUUCUACGUAAGCAGCCAGUUUCAUACCAAUUAGGCUUUUUGCAGGCGGCCUCGAGUGUUUGGAAUUUUACCAGAUCAUAUCACAAGAUAAUUACCAUUACAAUCCAAAUUAAGUAAUUUUUCCCAAUCGAAACCGCAAUUCGCUUAAUAUUUUGUGAUAUCGGUCACUGAUUUUACGCAGCAUGUAACUUGGAAACUUUAAACAUCAAUGAAAGUUCCAGCGGUUUUUCAAAAGCUGAGGCUAGUUUUAAACUCUUUGGGCCUAAAUAACAGUGCUCAAUCGAAACCGAUCGAAAGAAAACCGGAAACUCGUCUGAAAUGGCUAUUGGAAAUACUUUUUGCGGUCUUUCUGCAAGUUUUGUUUUUCAAUCAAAACAAGAAUUUAAAGUUUACGAAAAAGUUGCGUUAAUUGCGUGUGAGAUUUGCAGAGACGACUAGAACUGGAAUUUUAUUGUUGAUUUUCUGAUCAGUUUUUUUGCCUGAAACUCUAUUUAAAAUGUACGGUCAGUGUUCAAAUACUGUUUCUCUCGUCAUUGUUGAAAUGGGAGUCAGAACAACAUAGACGUUUGCUAGUCAGGAGUAGGGAUAUGCUAUUCUACAAAGUUUCGAGAGACAUGUUAAAUCUCUUGAUUAAAUAUAAGACGCAAUAGGCACGUAAUACACUGAGCGACCGUCAAAAACAAGAACUGAUUUCAAAAAAGCUGUUCAGUGAAUAGCACUCAGCUCGGCCUGCGUGGGUGGACAGUCAAAUGCCAGUCAGUGUGAGGAUGGAGUUUGCCACUAAAAGAAAAGUGUGAAAGUUAAAUGCAUGGAAGAUCGACCAGACGUAGAUCCCUUAACUAGAGCAGGCAUUUCAUUCGUCCAGUAAAUAAAGAGCAGAUCGCGGUAAGUUCCGGGAAUAAAAACCCCCCUAUUACAGGUGGCCUUGCUUUGGAUUCCUUGGAAGGGGGGCUUGAUUUAGGCUUAGUUCAGAUUGACAAAGUUGAGAGAUCCAGGUAGAUUAUUUGAAGAAGAUGAUGAUAAACUCUCCGGAAUAGGUUUAUUUAAGUGCUGACGUUCAAAAGCGCUUGGUCGGCUCUCCAUUGUCAAAGCCUAAAAUGCACUUAAUCGAUCCGAACUUUCAAGUUGCAUGUUGUGUUAGUCGGCCUCUUGCUGGAUUUAGGGUUAGGUUGUUAGAAUUGAUUGGUGUCAGGGUUAAGGAAUCUAGGGUUAGGGUUGACGUAUCGGCCAGGGGUAAAUGUAAGACUCGGGAAUAGGUCCUCCCCUCGAAUUUAACUCAAGGCCAUCUGCACUGUACGAGGUUCUUAUUCGCAUGGCACCCAGUCAAUCAGAAUGGCCAAGAAGAAGCUUGCUCCAAGAGGCAACGUAAAGUGUUUUCAGUUUGCUGGUAGUUAGGUUUCACGUAACCAGCCAGUAAUCGAUGCAAUUUCGACUUCUUUAUUUGCAUAAACCUUUCUUUGAAAAAUAAGCAGAUGAUAGUCUGGGCUGUUUUCUCCGGGGAACAAUUCAGCUAAAUGAAAAUAACUGAAGAUAUUAAUUUAUACGUGCCAGAGAAAGAAAUAAAAAGACCUCGCGGUGAUUUUUGCUUGACGGUGGUUAAGAUGCCCUGGGGUUGUCACCGGAGUGAAAAUACGGCAGUGCAAUACCUUUUGGACAGUGUCUGCAUUGGGGCAUUAAACUCAUUUAAUAUUACCACUAAAUAGUAGAAAUAGUGUUCCUUCUUAACUGGUGACAAUAUGGAGGAAUAAAAUUGUGAAAACACGAAGUUAUUAGGUAUCCAGCUCUUUCGCUUAACACAAAUCACACCCUUGUCAAACAAACUUCUGGUGGCUCAUGCACCAUCAAAUAAUCCCGUGCUUUUGUCCUUCCCUACCCUUCUGCCGCUGGAGCAUACAGUAGGUGGGCUAACGCACGAAAUAACAACUGGAAUUCCCGAAUGCGUUUUCGUUUCGAAAAGAUUAAUUAAGUAGGGUUGUAAAAUUAAUAAAUCUGCAGCAUAAUUCGAUAAUAGCUCAGCUAACUCAGGAUGCCAUCUUUCGCAAAAACUUUCUUCCGGUUGCAUGCAAAAACUAUACUUUGCAAAAAAUGACUACAUGUAUAGCAUGCAUUUUUCCCACUGAUUUCCGGAUGCCCAUAAAUGUCCAAUUACAUUUAAAUGGAAAACAUGCCCCAAAAUUAUUUAUUCUUCGGCUCAUUCGGUAGAAAAUUACGUCUUACUCCAAUGUUGUUCUCGAAGAAAUGGGUAACAUUCGGCUUUCAAAACUUUUCCAAUUCACGAAUAAUUUUGAACUUCGCCUGCCGUUACACUUGCAUUCAAGGGUUUCCAAACUACGAGCCCGGCGUACGGAAAACCAUACAUUUCUUUACGGUAUUAAGAGGAGACAAUAUGGGGAUCAUAAUAUUUAGCAUUGGAUUUGAUCUAUAUUGUUAACUUUACAAGCCACAUUGGUAAAUGCAGAGACAUGCCGUUUUGUGAACUGCCGUUUCACGGUAUUAAAGAUCUCACGAGUAUAAAAUGGAAAGAAGACGCAAUUUUCUACCGAAUGAGCAAAAGAAUGAAUAUUUUUAUGCAUAUUUUCCCUGAACUAUAAUUUGACAUUUAUGGUCAUCCGAAAAUCAAUAGGAAAAAUUCAUGCUACAUAAGUUGUCACGUUUUACAGAGCAUAAUUUUUGCAUGCAGCCGGAAGGAGAUUCCUUCGAAAGCCGGCAUCCUGGGCUAACUGAAUUAUUAUAGACUUGUGCUGCAGAUUAAUGAGUUUUACAACCCUACUUACUGAAUCUUUUUGAAACGAAAACGCAUUUAGGAAUUCUAGUUGACAUUUCAUGCGUUAGCUCACGUACUGUAAGUCGAUCUAAAAGACUUGAAACAAGUAGGUGGUUGUGACUUGCGACUGGUUCGAAAGACCUCAUCCAAGUCGAAUACAAAGUAAAGAUUUGCCUUUAUAGUCAAACAAACGCACCUUUUCAACCCUCGCUAGGCUUUAACAGUCAUAACCUCGACGCUUGUCAAAUAAUUAGACCAGGAUGCAACUACUCAUUCUUCCUGUUGCCUUCAUUGAAACUCUCCAAUGAAAUAUCAGUGAACCUAUACUCAGUCUGGUCGGGGCUUGAGCACGUGUGCCAAGUGUCACCAAAUUAGUUAGCCUUGGUCCCUCGUCGCCCAUCGCCAGGACGAGGAGUCUGACCUGACCUGGCGACUGUUCAGUGCUUUAGAAAGUUGCUUCUGUCCAACAGGUGCAGUCCGCUUACAGUCAGCGAGGUCCUCCAAUCGACUAGUGAGCACAUUAGCGGCACUUCCGACAGACCGAUCCAUUUCCGGAAGAGGAAACGUUUGUCACAACGGAUCAACAAUGACAUGUUUUACGACCUUGGUGAAGGAAAUGUUUAGGGUUCAGUUUUCUCGAUGACUGUAUAAAAGGCAGAAGUUUGGGUCUUCUGUUCAAUAGUUGGGGGGGAUAAAUAUCAACUGCCCUCCCUCCACUAGUUGUAACAUUCAUCUUCGGUUCAGGUUGGUGGGCUGAUGGUAUGUCGUUUAAACAAGCAGAUUGCGUCAGUCUGCCGUCUGUUGCAAGGUCUGCUUGAAGAUGACAUCCGCUUACAGAGGAACACACGAUAGUUUGUUCAGCCGUCGUUGCCGUGUAUGUCCCCGUGUGCUCCACAACAAGGUUAAGCAGGUACGGUGACUUGUGCGUGAUUUAAUUUAUCGGGAAUGUAGUCAUGCGCAGCAUCUACCACACUCUCGCCUUCACCCCUACCUGGACCCGGUGUCAAGACAGAGUCAAGAAGAACGGAGACAAGGGAAGGGCGCAGUUGGCUGGCGCGAUCGGACCCGCACCUAGGCGUGCCACCGCACAGUACACUUGACCAGGAUUUUCCACCAAAAACAAAACAACACCCUAGCAGGGGUCAAAAGUACGAGGAUGAUGACUGGGCAGUCAUGCCCACCACAUGUAUACCCAGCGGGAGUGCAAACGCAUCCACCGGCUGGGAACCAGGUGUCAGGAGAUUUGGGUAUGGCUGGCUGACGACGGCUAAUAAGCCAGAAAUGGCCAUUCCAGUCUCCCUUGUCUUUGUCGGCAAUACCAUUCUGCCUACAUAUGUCAGGAGACUGUCAGCGCAUAACAGGCUGCGAGGGCCGUGGUUUGUUGAUACUGGCAUAGCACGCGCUUUCAGACCUUUUGACCAGGCAAGAGGAACACGAGAGUUUGAUCGUCGAUUUUGGCGAUGCCCACCGUGUGUUCCAAGGCAGGGUGGAAGCAGGGACGGUGAUUUGCGCGGGGGUUUCUAGUGCCAGUAGACUUGCGCUACAUCUACCACACUUUCUCCUCCUACCCCACCUGAGCCCGGUGUCAAAACAGAGUCAAUAAGACCGGAGAUGAGGAAGAGGGAAACGCACACACCAAAUACUGCCAGUGCAAACUGCCACAAAAAUGCAUAUGCUUGAGUGUGAUAGACCGUAACGGCUAAGAGGACCAGCUUUCAUCUACGACAAGGACUGUCCAACACGUUUUAUCGGUUUCACAGAUGAGUGACAUCCUCGAUGCUAAAAUUCGGUGCUACGAAAAACGUGGGAACUAGAAUGACCCUCUCGACCUCCUUUGUUGUCGUCAGCUCUGCACGUCGAAUUAACCUGACGCGAAUUCAAUGCUCCUCCUGUUGACUUUUCGUAAAAGGUUGGCUAACUUAUGAAGUGUCAACUGAAAUUUCGAAAUGCGUUCUCGUUUCGAAAUGAUUAAUUAAGUAGGUUGGUAAAACUGAUCAUCGUACAGCAUCAUUCUAUAAUGAUUCACUUACCUUAUGGUGUCGGCUUCCGAAUUGACUUAUUUCCGCCUGCAUGCAAGAACUAUGCUCUGCAAAAAAAUGACCACUUGUGUAGAAUACGGCUUUCUCAUUCAUUUUCGGUGCGUUUUAAAAUUCGAAUAUAUUUGAUGGAAAAAAUGCAUACAACUAUUCAUUCUUUUGUUUAUUCAAUAGAAAAUUACGUCUUCUUCCAAUUUUAUACUUGGAGGAAGGGAAUAAUUCGGUUUUAACAAAGUUUUUAACUGUGAGAUUUUUAAUACCAUGAAAUGGCCGUUCAUAAAACGUCAUGUAUUUGCAUUUACCAAUACGGCUUUUAAAGUUAACCAUGCUGCACUAAUUCACUGCUUAAUUUUACGAACCCCGUAUGGUCUCCUCUUAAUACCGCAGACAAAUGUAUGGUGUUCCGUAUACGGAAAAUAUGCGGCUUGUAGAUUUGUGACCCUAAAUGCGAGUGUAACCGCAGGUCGGGUUCAAAAUUAUUCGGGAAUUAGAAAAGAUUUUAACGCCAAAUUAUAAUCCCCUUUCAAGUACACAAUCGGAAGAAGACGUGAUUUUCCACAGAAUAAAUAAAAGAAUGAAUAUUUUUAUGCAUGUUUUCCAUGUAAUAUAAGCGACUUUUCAAGGGCAUCGAAAAUAAAUAUCAAAAUUGCCUGCUACCGACGUAGUCAUUUUUUCAGGGUAUAGUUUUUGCAUGCAGUCGGCAAUAAGUACAUUCGAAAACCGACAACCUGAGGUAACUGGAUCAUUGUAGAAUUAUGCUGCGUGAUGAUCAGUUUUACAACCCCACUUAUUUAAUCUUGUCGAACCGAGAACGCAUUUCAUAAUUUCAGUUGACAUUUAAUGAAUUAUUCCGCCUACUGUAGAUACGGACUAAUCCAUCAUUGCAGAACAUUUCCGACUUCUUUGAUCUUUGUGCUCCUGCAUGACAUGAAACUUAUUUCUCUUCCCCGUUUUUCGUUCCUUUCUGUUACUGCUCUUUUCCGUCUCUCCCAUGCCCCCGUCUACUCCAACGUUUCUCCUUUAACUUUGUCGCUUUUUUUCCUUAUCAACAUUUUUCCUCUGAUAAAGUGUUUUCUCUAACUUCCUCAUCGUCCCUUUCUCCCUCUUCUUCUCUCUCAUCUUUUCCUCCUUGUUCCCCUCCUUCUUCCUCUCCUUCCCCUUCUUAUUUUUGCCCCUUUCCCCCCCCCUUCUUCUUCUUAUUCUUUCUCUUCUCCUUCUUUUUCCCCUUCUUUCCCCUCUUCUUUUUCCCUUGAUAGAUGAGUUUUCGCCGAGCGGUUUUCAGACAUCUCACCAGGCAUGCUCAUCAGACUGCUGUUUCUUGAAUCCCUUCAGCUGGCCGCCAAGAUGUUGAAGGACGCUCUCGAGGAGAAAAUGGGCGCCGGUUGGCACGUGGUGGUCGGUCAGGGCUUCGGCUACGAAGUAAACUACGACAAACGCUUUAUAAUGUUUAUGUACUUUGGCGGGAAUACGGCUAUUCUGAUGUGGAAGUGUCUAUAG